GAGCCGGAGCGGGUCCGUGUGAGGGGCGGCAGCGGGGGCUGCUGCUGCUGAUCAUCGUAAUACUGCUACCGAUGAUAAUGAUACUGCGAGCUGUGUGAGACGCCAUGGCGCAAGCAAUUGCCUCCCCAGGGCUGUUCUCUGAUGAUGAUGUUGCAGUCUCCCCUGUUCUUGAAUCCACAGCAACAGGGUUUGGGGCUGAUGUGCGCAAGGACCUGCUGUCAGAGUUCUCUGCCAUUGCUUCAGAUCUGGAGGGCUCCCAGCAGGCUGUAGCUGAAGAAAAUAAUGGAAAAUUAAAGGUUUAUCUGAGAGUUCGACCUCUGAAAUCUACAGAAGUGGAAAAAGGGGAAGACCAGGGCUGUGUCUGCAUUGAGAAUUCAGAGAACCUUCUUCUAAAAGCCCCAAAAGACUCCUUUACCAUGCGGAGCACAGAACGUGGAGUGGGGCAAGCAGUACACAGAUUCUCAUUCACCCAGAUCUUUGGACCAGAUGUGGGGCAGAAAUUGUUUUUUGAUGAGACAAUGAAGCAGGUGGUAAAGGAUGUACUGAAUGGGCAGAACUGGCUGGUUUACACCUAUGGCAUCACCAAUUCAGGGAAGACUCACACCAUUCAGGGCAGCAACAAAGAUGGGGGGAUUCUGCCUCGCUCCUUAGCGGUCAUCUUCAACAGUGUGGGGGACCGGCUGUACCAAGCCAUGGAUCUGAAGCCUUCCCUCUCCAACGAGGUGAUCUGGCUGGACAGCAGGCAGGUGCGGCAGGAAGAGGCCAAGAAGCAGACCAUGCUGCGGGGCGGUCUGUGGGAGGAGGAGCUGUUAACGCCACUGAAGAGGAGUCACAGUGCUGAAUCUCAGCUCCAAGCCACCACCAGUGGCAGUUUUGACAGUGGAGUUGCUGGCCUCUCUUCAUCUAGCCAACUCACCAACUAUUCAGACAUUAGCCAGACAGAAGAAUCAGGCCCUCGCUGGGCUGACUUGGAUCGCAUUUCACUCACCAACACAGAUGUGCAGUUUUCUAUCUGGGUUUCAUUCUUUGAGAUUUACAAUGAGUUAAUCUAUGACUUGUUAGAACCAGCUUUACCUGGCCAGAAUCGCAAGAGGCAGACACUGCGGCUCUGUGAAGACCAGACUGGCAAUCCCUAUGUGAAAGAUCUGAAUUGGUUCAAUGUCCGGGAUGCUGACGAGGCCUGGAAGCUCCUGAAACUGGGUCGGAAAAACCAGAGUUUUGCUAGCACCCACAUGAACCAGAACUCGAGUCGCAGUCACAGUGUAUUCUCCAUUCGGAUUCUGCACUUGCAAAGAGGUGGCAGUGAAAUUGUUCCAAAAAUCAGCGAGUUAUCCCUGUGUGACCUUGCGGGGUCCGAGCGCUGCAAAGACCAGAAAAGUGGGGACCGAAUGAAGGAAGCGAACAACAUCAAUACCUCCCUCCACACGCUGGGUCGCUGCAUUGCUGCCCUCCGCCAGAACCAGCAGUCCAGAUUGAAGCAGACUGUGGUUCCCUUCCGGGACAGCAAGCUAACCCGUGUGUUCCAGGGUUUCUUCACUGGACGUGGGCGCUCUUGCAUGAUCGUCAACAUUAACCAGUGUGCAUCUACAUAUGAUGAAACUCUAUAUGUAGCCAAGUUCUCAGCCAUUGCCAGCCAGCUUGUUCAGGCGCCUCCCACAAAGCUGGGACUUCCAUCCAUACAGUCAAUCAUCAAAGAGCACAACAGGCGAACCAGCCGAGGUCCAGAGGUAGACUCAAAGGAAGAAGUGGAAUCAGAAGACAGUGAGGAUGAAGCAGAUGUCUCCAUGUACGAGAAGGAGGACCUGUUGCGUAUAGUGGAAGCUGCACGAGAACUGCUGGUGCAAGAACGGCAGGAGAAGCUGCAACUAGAAAUGCGCAUCCGUGAGGAGAUCUGCAAUGAGAUGCUGGAGCACAUGCAGCAGAAGGAGCAAUGGUGCAGCCAACAUGUGGAUGCUCAGAAGGAGCUGCUGGAGGAACUGUACGAGGAUAAAAUGAAUAACCUGAAGGAGUCUCUGACUGACUAUUACCAAGAUGAGAUCCAGGAGCGUGAUGAGAAGAUUGAGGAGCUCCAAGCUGCUCUGCAGGAGGCAAAACAAAAAUUGGAGAGCCUGGACACUAAGCAAAAGGAUGCAGGGCAAGGCUUGCGUCGAUCAAAGCGAGUGGCUACCUCAUGCACUCUGCAGCAGGAGCUGGUAGAUACUAAAGCCAAACUGGAGCAGUGUCAAAUGGAAUUAAAUACCACAACGGCAGAGUUGCGCAAGUACCAGAAAUUAGUGGAGCCACCUCCCUCUGCCAAACCCAUUACUGUGGAUGUAGACAGGAAGCUGGAGGAUGGACAGAAGAAUGUCAGAUUGCUGCGUUCGGAAUUACAAAAACUUGGGGAGUCUCUUCAGUCUGCAGAGAGGGCGUGCUGCCACAGUACUAGUGCAGGGAAACUUCGAGAAGCCCUCUGUAUGUGUGAUGACAUUCUGGCUCGACAGGACCAAACACUGGCAGAACUGCAGAACAACAUGAUGCUGGUAAAACUAGACCUGCGUAAGAAAGCAGCUUGCAUUGCUGAACAGUACCACACCGUGCAGAAGCUCCAAGCUCCCCCAACAUCUACCUUAAAGAAACGGUUCUGUGCCAACAGGGAAAACCUACAACCCAACCAACCUCCUGGUAAAAAGCCCUUCCUACACAACCUUCUGUCACGUUCAGCCACCCGUCCUGUUACCAGCAGAGGGUGGCAACUUCGUUCAGUUGCUCUGUGACUUUCUCACAAAGACAGCCCUGCCCUGCUAUUACUGGAACAGGUGGCAAAUUCAAUAUAAUAGCAUCUAUUUUUCUUUGUGUGCUUGUUUAUUAUCGUACCUGCUUGAGAGCUUAUGUAAACAUUUUUGGAUAUGUAUGGUUAAACUUUUAAUCAAUACCAAAGUGGACAAAAUGACCUUUUGUAAUUUAAACACUACAACAAGGAAGUCUUUAAAUACGAAAUAAUGCAGAUAAUCAAAGCUGUUUAACAAAAGUACAAGUUAAAAGUAAGUUCUCAUCUUCAACUAUGUUGGCACAUAACUCAAAAAUAAGUUCACAAGAUCCUCCUUGAAAGAUAUUUUCCCUUCCUUGAAUUAUAAUCCUUUAUUAAAGUAUACACGUUCUAGUUCAGGGCUGCUCUCUCGGAUCUUGGCUUGCAAUUCUGGCUCCAAGCGUGUUACAGACAUAGAACUAAGCAAAAGAAACAGUAAAAUGGUUAUAUAUAACAAGCACUUGAUUGUAAAAUAAGAUGGACAGUGCAUCUUGUUAAACUUCCUGGAUUGUGAAAAGAGUUUUCAGAUCUUCUUCUAACUUACGAAGGAAUAAUGCUCACAGACCAGGGGCAAAUGAAUCCCUAUUUAAAAGGCAAUAAGAUAGUCUGUAGAGUCAAGAAAUGGCUGUUGCCACUAUCAAGAGGUUAGGAAUCUACUUAGUUGCUCAAGGUUGUUGCUGGCAACAGAAACUUACCUUCCUAAAGGUGUUUUUAUUAAAUAUAAUGUAUUUGCCUAUUUAACUUACUGCCUGAUUUUACUCAGUUGAAUAAAAGGUUUAUUUUUGAGAGUCAUCUCACAGUAAAGUGAAUCUUCCUAUGAAAUGAAGAGCCCUGGUUAAAGUCAAGAACUGUACCACACUUACUAUGCUAGUUUGUUAAGUCAUCUCCAGGUAGCCCAGUGACACUUAUUUACCACAGUUCUCUAUUCUGUGCCAGGCAGGGAAACAGAUGGUGCCAGACUGUUGUAUUCAAACAAUUGCAUUGGAUGAGAAUUAGGUAUUGUUUUCUGGAAGUCAAAAGCUACUUAAUUGUUCAAUAUUUUAAUGGAUUUAGCUGCGGUUUGCAUCUUUUAAGCUACAUUUGUCAGCUUGUCAAGUUUAGACAACCACUAAUGAGAGGGACAGCCCAGCUGAAUUUAAGACACUGUUCAUAGUACAUGCUGCAAAUUGAGCUAACUUUAUUUGCAGGUAACCCAUCCAGGUUUCAUUAUUAUUUCAGCUAUGAUGAAUAUUGUUUCUAAAGCAGUUUUCAGUACUGAGCUAUUUGUGUAUUAAUGAAAAAUUAUUUCUGGAAAAAUAUUAAUCAAAUUACAAAUAAGCACGUAUAGUCAAGUGCUGUUCUGUAUAACCUGAGGAGUUUUCAGAUGAAAAUGGGCUCUGACUCUAUUUAAUGAAGCCAUAACCUUACUGGACGUUAAUAUAUUGUUUGGACCACAUUAGCCUUUUUUGUGAGUCGUUCCAGUGAUUCUUAAGUUUGUAUUAUCAAACUCAAACUUCUCAGCUUAAAAUAGCAUGGUUAAACUUCUUACCCAAACCUCUUGUUCACUAUCUCUACAUAGCUGCAUCUCAAGCUGCUAGGAGUUUGUAAACAAAUGAGCCCAAUUCAACUAUUAUAUAUUACUGAUGAGUAACAUAGUUAUUGCUUUACUGAAUAUUCUCAUGUGUAUCACACUUGUUAUAUGGGAAUUAAGACUAUGCUCUAGGAGGCAAUGACUACUUGUUUCUGUCUUUUUGCAGUACCUUGCAUGCAUCUGGGCGUGUAAUAUUAAAGUAAGAAUAAUGUAA